CAAGCUCAUCACUAUAACUAUGACUAUCCUCCUCUUCCUAAUCGUAGGGUUUAUACCAGAACUCUGCGUCGCCGCUAGUAGUGACCAUGAACAGUUCGUCUUCAAUGGCUUCACCGGCAGCAACCUGAGCUUAGAUGGCGCAGCCAGAAUCACGUCGACUGGCCUCAUCGAGCUGACUAAUGAUUCGGCCCGGAUCAAGGGUCAUGCGUUUCACCCAUCUCCGCUGCGCUUCCGCCGGUCCUCCGAUGGCACGGUCCAGUCCUUUUCCGUCUCCUUUGUGUUUGGCAUCCUCUCUUCAUUCGGGGACAUCAGGGGCCAUGGCUUUGCCUUCUUCGUUAGCCCAAGCAAAGACUUCACCGCCGCUUACCCAAUACAGUUCCUGGGCCUUUUCAACUCCACGAACAACGGCAGCCUGAGCAACCACAUCUUUGCAGUUGAGCUCGACACCAUCCAAAACACCGAGUUCGGGGACAUAAACGACAACCAUGUCGGCAUAGACAUCAACAGCCUCAACUCCUUGAAAUCCUACGCGGCAGGCUUCUACAACGAUCAGAACAGUGGCAGGUUCACGAACCUACCCCUGAUUGGAAGCCAGCAGCCAAUCCAAGCAUGGGUGGAGUAUGACGGCAACAAGACGCGGAUCGAUGUGACCAUAGCCCCUCUAGGCCUCGCAAAACCUCUGACGCCACUGCUGUCUCUAGCCUUCAACCUUUCCACAGUACUCACGGAGGAAGAAGCGUACAUUGGCUUCUCAUCUUCCACAGGCCUGAGCACGGGGCAUCACAUUAUUCUUGGCUGGAGCUUCGGGAUGAAUCGCCCUGCUCCAGCCAUCGACUCCACCAAGCUACCCAAGCUACCCUACCUUGGGCCAAGAGCCCCCUCUAAACUCCUAGAGAUCGUCCUUCCGAUCGCGUCCGCCCUUUUCGUGUUAGUGGUUGGCACUACGGCUGUGAUUCUCGUCAGGAGACAUCUCAGGUAUAAGGAGGAUGUACGUGAAGAUUGGGAGGUCGAGUAUGGCCCCCAGAGGUUCACGUACAAAGACCUGUCCCACGCCACCAAAGGCUUCAGUUCCAAGCACUUGGUCGGCGUAGGAGGCUUUGGGAGGGUGUACAGGGGAGUGCUCCCAAAGUCGAGAUCGCAAGUGGCGGUAAAGACGGUACCAUACAACUCGAAGCAAGGCGUAAAGCAGUUCACCGCCGAAGUUGCCAGCAUGGGGCACCUCCAGCACAGCAACAUCGUGCAGCUGCACGGGUACUGCAGGAGGAAGGGCGAGUUUUUCCUAGUGUACGACUACAUGGUGAACGGAAGCCUCGACAGGUACCUGUACGGCUACGGCGGCGAAGAGGGCAGGCCGCCGGGGGCCACAGCCACAGUAGUACUAGACUGGGCGCAGAGGUUCAAGAUCGUCAGAGACAUCGCGUCGGGUCUGCUCUACCUCCACGAGGAGUGGGACAAAGUCGUCGUCCAUCGGGACGUCAAGCCCAGCAAUGUUCUCCUCGACAACAACAUGAAUGGCCGCCUGGGAGAUUUCGGCCUUGCCAGGUUGUAUGACCAUGGCACUGACCCACACACCACGCACGUGGUUGGGACGAUAGGGUACCUGGCUCCGGAGCUUGCGCACAGAGGCAAGGCAAGCACUCGCACCGACGUUUUCGCCUUUGGCGUCUUCGUUCUUGAGGUCACCUGCGGAAGGAAGCCCGUUGUCGUCAGUGAAGACACAGACACCCCAGGCAGAGGCACGCAGCUGAUGCUGGUCGAUUGGGUUAUUCAGAACUGGCACAAAGGGUCACUCGUUGAUGCCAUAGAUAUCAAACUGCAGGGUAGAUAUGACGUCGACCAGGCAUGCCUCGCGUUGAAGUUGGGACUGCUGUGCUCACACCCGUCUCCUGAUGCAAGGCCAAGCAUGAGGCAAGUUCUGCAGUAUCUCGAUGGUGAUCUGCCGCUACCGGAGCUGCUACCGGCGCACUUCAGUUUUCAUAUGCUCGCCUUGCUGCAGAGUGAAACACGGCUUAACACAUCAACGGUGUCAUUGUAUCCAUCACCAGCGAUGACCAUGAUGGACUAUGGUUCAGUAUCAUUUUCACUAGAUGGAAGAUAGCAAUAAUAAUGUCGUGGCUUGGCUAGCUUGCUGCCGUCGUUGCCCAGUUUAUCUUGGUUAACAAUAAAAUAUAGGAUAAAUAUGUUAGAUGUGUUGUGUGGUAAGGACAUGCAUUCCACAAAUACUCCUCUUGUACCAGCUGGUUGUGCCAAUUGUAAUGAAAAUCUAGGUGUUCUAU